UCCUUCUGCGGCCCUCCCGUAUCGGUGCUUCCCCUCGUAAGGGAACCCGAAAAAAGAAUUAUAGUAGUGCCCACUAUUUGUCGCCAUGGUCGCUCUUCUCCGCUUCAAAUAUUCCAGUAACCCUCUUCCCUUCCUCUCCCACUACUCCCCAACCCCACCUCAACACCAAAGAAGCUCUAGUUCUCGAAGAAUUAUUCUCCCAUGGCGUCGUCCAUAUGCCGCCCUCCUCGCGUCUCCGGCGUCGCCGUCGACGCCUUCCACCUCGAGAGGAACGCCUCCAAUCGGAGGGAAGUUCCAUGGAUCGCGCCGAUGCGGAGCAAGAACGGUUCUUGUUUCCCGUAUCUUGCGGGUUUAAAGAGAGUCUUGGAGACUCAUCGAUCGGCGAAGCGGGACUUGGGUUCUUGGGUUCCUAGAGCGUCGGUUGAGGCUGGUGCUGUGGCAGAGGAGAAGAGGAGGGAGGAAGAGGAGGAGAGGAGGCCUUUGAGAGUUGGGCUGGUCUGUGGGGGUCCGUCGGCGGAGCGUGGGAUUUCGUUGAACUCCGCAAGAUCCGUUCUUGAUCACAUACAGGGAGAAGAUUUGCAUGUCAGCUGCUACUACAUUGACUGUGAUCUCAAUGCAUAUGCAAUAUUACCUGCCCAGUUGUAUUCAAAUACUCCUGCAGAUUUUGAUUUCAAACUAGAGAGCCUUGCCCAAGGUUUUCAGUCAUUAUCUGACUUUGCUGCCCAUCUUGCUGUCUCCGUGGAUAUAGCAUUCCCAGUUAUUCAUGGUCGUUUUGGUGAAGAUGGUGGCAUCCAGGAGCUGUUCGAGAAAGCGAAUGUGCCAUUUGUUGGUACUUCAUCAGAUGAGUGUCGCAAGGCAUUCGACAAGUACAAUGCAUCCUUGGAGCUGAGCAAACAAGGAUUUGUGACGGUACCAAGUUUUCUUGUAGAGCACAAUCAACCAGACAAGUCUGAAUUAAUAAAGUGGUUCUGGAGCAAUCAUCUGGACCAAGAAAGAGGAAAAGUUGUGGUCAAGCCAACUAGAGCAGGAUCAAGUAUUGGUGUUGCAGUUGCUCAUGGUGUUGAUGAUGCCAUUGGGAAAGCGACUGAUAUAAUAUCAGAGGGCAUUGAUGAUAAAGUUAUUGUUGAAGUUUUUCUAGAAGGUGGGAGUGAAUUUACAGCCAUUGUCAUUGAUGUUGGGACAGAUACUGAUUGCCACCCUGUUGUUCUACUUCCAACUGAAGUGGAGCUUCAAUAUUCUAGCAGAAAUGAUGCAGAAGAUACGAUAUUUAAUUACAGGAGGAAGUAUCUUCCAACAAGACAGGUUGCUUACCACACUCCUCCACGCUUUCCAACUGAUGUAAUUGAAUGUAUCAGACAAGGAGCUUCCUUGUUAUUUCAACGUCUCCAUUUGCGUGACUUUGCCAGGAUUGAUGGCUGGUUUUUACCUGAUCCUGUUGAUGUAUUACCAUCAGUGGACAACCAUAAUAAGUUCGGAUUCACUAAGUCGGGUGCAAUCAUAUUUACUGAUAUCAACUUGAUAAGUGGGAUGGAGCAAACCAGCUUUUUAUUUCAGCAAGCCUCAAAGGUUGGAUUUUCUCAUUCAAACAUCCUUCGUACCAUUAUCCAGCAUGCUUGCUUGCGGUUCCCUUGUCUUGUACCAUGGAGAAAGUCAUGGAGUGCAUUGUCUACAAGACUGCAAUCUGCACAUCGUGCAAACGUCAAAAGAGAAAACAGAGAAGCUCAAAAGGUCUUUGUUAUCUUUGGAGGAGAAACUUCAGAACGUCAAGUAUCUCUCAUGAGCGGGACAAAUGUCUGGCUUAACUUGCAACGUUUUGAUGAUGUUGAUGUACUUCCAUGUCUACUUGCUCCUGCAAAUGGAUAUUCAUCUACCCAGCACCACGACGAAGAUAAUGAUGCCAAUUCAAGAAUAGUUUGGUCUUUACCUUAUUCUCUAGUUCUGCGUCAUACAACAGAGGAGGUUUUUGCUGCAUGUGUUGAGGCAAUCGAACCAACUAGAGCUGCACUGACAUCUCAUUUACGCAAGCAUGUGGUGACUGAACUCGCAGAAGCUCUAAAUAAACAUAGUUGGUUCACGGGUUUUGACAUUGUUGAUGAACCUCCUGUGAAAUAUUCACUGAAACAGUGGAUUGAGUAUGCUAAAGAAGCUCAAGCAGUAGCGUUUAUUGCAGUGCAUGGUGGUAUUGGUGAGGAUGGUACCCUUCAAGCUUUAUUGGAGGCUGCAGGAGUUCCUUACACAGGUCCUGGAUCAAUGGCUUCCAAAAUUUGCAUGGACAAAGUGUCAACAUCUCUAGCCCUUAGCCAUCUGACAAGUUCAGGAGUGCUUACCAUACCUAAGGAUGUAAGGAGUAAAGAGGAGCUACUAAAUUCAUCUCCUCUUGAUAUUUGGCAUGACUUGACGACAAAGCUCAAAUCUGAAACAUUAUGUGUGAAACCAGCUCGUGAUGGAUGCUCGACUGGAGUUGCUAGACUAUGCACUGUGAAGGAUUUGGAAGUAUACAUAAAUGCAUUGCGGAACUUUCUUCCACGAAUUCCAGCUAAUAGUUUGUCAAAGGCACACGGGGUGAUUGAGAUGCCAAAUCCUCCUCCACAAUCAUUAGUCUUUGAGCCUUUCAUUGAGACGGAUGAAAUAAUUGUUUCAUCCAAAUCAGCAAAUGAUGGUGCUCGUAGUCUAAUAUGGGAAGGACACAAUGAAUGGGUUGAAAUAACAGUUGGUGUCAUAGGUAAACGUGGAGAAAUGCGCUCACUGAGUCCUAGCAUUACUGUUAAAGAAACUGGUGACAUCUUAUCGCUUGAGGAGAAAUUCCAAGGUGGAACUGGCAUCAACUUGACACCACCUCCAGCAACAAUUAUUAGUAAUGAUGCCUUGCAAAGAUGCAAACAGCGGAUUGAGGAAAUAGCAAAUUAUUUGGGGUUGGAAGGUUUUUCACGAAUUGAUGCAUUUGUGAAUGCAUACAGUGGGGAGGUACUGGUGAUAGAGGUUAACACAGUACCUGGGAUGACUCCAUCCACUGUCUUGAUUCAUCAGGCACUCGUGGAACAACCACCAAUCUAUCCCCAACAAUUUUUCAGGAUGGUUCUUGACUUGGCCUUUCAAAGAUCUGAAUAGAUUUUUAACAUCUGUGCAUCACUUUCUAAGAAUAAUUAAAAUGUAUGUGAAAAGUGGCAAUCCGUGUCCUUGCUAAAACAAAUUUAAGGGAUUAUUUGAUGAAAAUUUUUCAAGUGCCAAAGUCUUUUGUGGAGUCCCAUUCGGUGCUUGGGUUGCAUCUAAAUUGCAAGGGGUUGCAGUUGAAGGAGUAGAUAAAUACUUGGAGCGGUGAGCCACUAAUGUGGUGCUAGAAAGACUGCCGUUGUGAUCUCCUCUAUAAUAUGCGGGCCAGCUGAUGGCUUAUUUUAUAAUUAUUGAACCUUCUCUCUCCAGGUAUCAUCAUUAGGCCACCCUGGUAUUUAUCCCCAAAGUCAGUUGUGUCACAGCAGAUUGUCUGUCUGUGCUAACCAUGGUGGCUGUUGUAUGGAACCUUCUGAAUAUCUCUUAUUCUCUAUUUCUUUUUCCUCUGUUCCUGUUUGCUCCUUUCUGUAACAGGGGGUUAUGUACUCUCUGAAGUCGCGGUCGAGGCCCAUUGACUGCCGAACUAAAGAAGUCUAUGGCUUCCUCAGUAGUGACUGCAUUAAAUACAGAUGAAGGUUUGUUAAAUGAAGUUGGGACAUUGAAGAAGAGGCAGAUAUGGAAGCAAAUAUAACUUACGUAGAAAGGCUAGUUUAUGUUAUGACUGCAUGGAGGUGGGAGCGAGCUGGGCUUGCUUUGAAAUUGAAAUUUCAGCAUCAGGAAUUACUGCAAUACAUUGUACAUGCCCAAGGCUGAAAUUAUGUGGGGCUUGAUUAUUUUAUAUGUUCUCAUAGACAGGUUUAUCACAAUAAUGCUUCAAAUGACUGGAUCGCAUUCUGCCUGAAA